AAUCAGCGAUCUCGACAGUCCGACAUUCUUCCAAUGGCAAGAUAAUGGUGAGAAUGGGGCCGCUAUUCAAGGCAAAGAAAAAAGCUGCUGCAUUUGUCGAUCGGCGUUGAAGUUUGCCGACGGUCGAUAAGUACCGACAGCUUGAUGAGCAGAGGAAGCUGCGGCGGAGAACGGUUCAGGUGGCAGCUUCAAGGAGACUGCUGUGAUGCUACGUAGGCAACUGAAAGAAAAGGGCUUUUCUACUAUGAGAGAGUGUGUGUGAGUCCGUUUUUCUGGAAACAGGAGCCUUACAGUUCUUUUUUUGUUGUUGUUUUAAUUUAUUUUUUGUAUAUUUCGGUUAUCGCUCUGCUGCUUUUUGUAGGAUACAGCGAGGAUACACAGUGAACUGCUGAAGUUUUGGGGAAUGGCAGCUCGAAGCCGAAGAGCAUGGUUUAGUGUUCUGUUGGGACUGGUCGUCGGGUUCACACUGGCUUCCAGACUCAUCUUACCCAAGGCGACGGAGUUGAAGAAAGCUGGACAAAAACGAAAGGCAAACCCUGCCGGCUGCGGGUUGAACGCGGGUCACAGAACGGAAUACGGCGGAGUGCUAUGGCCACCGCAAGAUAACGGUUCACCGGCGACCGAGAACCCUGGCGCCCGGUCCAAUAAGUUCCUAUUCGUCGGUGUCAUGACUGCACAGAAAUACCUGAAGAGCCGAGCUGUGGCGGCACAUAGGACAUGGGCACAGACCGUUCCAGGUCGCGUGGAGUUCUUCUCCAGCGAGGGCUCCGACACCUCCAUACCCAUUCCCAUAGUGGCCCUGAAGAAUGUGGAUGACUCGUACCCGCCGCAGAAAAAGUCCUUCAUGAUGCUCAAGUACAUGCACGACCAUUACCUGGACAAGUACGAGUGGUUCAUGAGGGCCGACGACGACGUCUACAUCAAGAGCGAGAAGCUGGAGGGCUUCCUGCGCAGCCUCAACAGCAGCGAGGCCAUCUUCCUGGGCCAAACGGGCAUGGGCGCCCGAGACGAGCUGGGGAAACUGGCCCUGGAGCCCGGGGAGAACUUCUGCAUGGGGGGGCCAGGGGUCAUCAUGAGCCGCGAGGUCCUCAAGAGGAUGGUGCCCCACAUCCGAGAGUGUGUCCAGGAGAUGUACACCACCCAUGAGGACGUGGAGGUUGGCCGCUGUGUCAGGAGGUUUGCCGGGGUCCAGUGUGUCUGGUCCUAUGAGAUGCAGCAGCUCUUCUACGAGAACUACGAACCAAAUAAGAAGGGCUACAUACGAGACCUCCACAACAGCAAGAUCCAUCGGGCCAUCACCCUCCACCCCAACAAGAACCCCCCUUACCAGUAUCGCCUGCACAGCUACAUGCUCAGCCGGAAGAUCGCGGAGCUGCGCCACCGAACCGUUCAGCUCCACCGGGAGAUCGUUCAAAUGGGACGCUACGGCGCCAACGAGCCCAGCCGGGAGGACCUCCAGCUGGGCAUGCCGCCUUCGUUCAUGCGCUUCCAUCCGCGGCAGCGAGACGAGGUCUUGGAGUGGGAGUUCCUGACGGGGAAGUACCUGUUCUCGUCCUCCGACGGUCAGCCGCCCCGCCGCGGGAUGGACUCCUCCCAAAGGCAAGCCCUGGAUGACAUCAUCAUGCAAGUGAUGGAGAUGAUCAACGCCAACGCCAAGACACGAGGGCGGGUCAUUGACUUCAAAGAAAUCCAGUAUGGCUACCGGAGGGUCAAUCCCUUAUACGGGGCCGAGUAUGUGCUCGAUCUGCUGCUGCUGUACAAGAAGCACAAAGGGAAGACCAUGACGGUUCCUGUGAGGAGGCACGCCUACCUGCAGCAGACCUUCAGCCAGAUCCAGUUCCGAGAGGAGGGGGAGAUGGACGCUAAAGCUCUGGCCAGCCUCAUCAACAAGGAUUCAGACUCGCUCUCGUUUCUGUCCAACUCGCUCAAGAUGCUGGUGCCUUUCAAGCUGGCCACUUCUGGCCAAGACCAGAGGGAACCAAAAGAGAAGAAAGUCAACAUCUUGGUACCCCUGUCGGGGCGCUAUGACAUCUUUGUGCGUUUCAUGGCUAACUUUGAGCGGGUUUGUCUGAUCCCAAACCAGAACGUCAAGCUGCUGAUCCUGCUCUUCAGCACGGACAACAACACCGAGCGGGUGAAGCAGGUGGAGCUGAUGAGGGAGUAUCACAUGAAGUAUCCUCGGGCCGAGAUGGAGAUAAAGCCCGUCACGGGCUCCUUCUCCAGGGCUCUGGCUUUGGAAGUGGGUUCCUUGCACUUCUCCAAUGAUUCACUGCUCUUCUUUUGCGAUGUGGAUCUGCUUUUCACCGGCGAGUUCCUCAAGCGUUGUCGGACCAAUACAGCCUUGGGGGAGCAGACCUACUUCCCCAUCAUCUUCAGCCAGUAUGACCCCAAGGUGGUGUACGCUGGGAAGGUCCCCAGCAACAACCACUACGUCUUCACCGCCAAGACGGGCCUGUGGAGGAACUACGGCUUCGGGAUCGUCUGCGUCUACAAGGGGGACUUGGUUCGAGCCGGAGGCUUCGAUACCUCCAUACAGGGGUGGGGUUUGGAGGACGUGGACCUUUUUAAUAAAUUUGUCCAGUCGGGGAUUAAGUUGUUCCGAAGCGCAGACACGGGGAUAGUGCACGUUCACCACCCCGUCAUAUGCGACCCAAACCUGGAGGCAAAGCAAUAUAAGAUGUGUCUGGGGUCCAAGGCCUCGUCGCACGGCUCCACCCAGCAGCUCGCCGAGCUCUGGCUGGAGAAGAACGACCACGGCUUCAGGAGACUGGCGAGCAAUAACGGCUCAGUUAGGACAGCGUGAGAAAAGCCGAGCGGCAGACUGUCGUGAACUGAGAAGUGAACCCGGUCUGUGCUCACUUCUCACUGCGUGGUGUUUUCACUGCCUAAUUUAUUUUUUACUGAACCGAAAGACUUCACAUGGAUAUAUUUUGAAAAUAUGUCUUUAAAAAAAAAAUUUAAAAAAAAUCUGCAUUCUAGUAUGGAAUGACAUCAUUGAUUAAUGAUCAAAGAAAUAUUGUGUGAGCCGGGGCCCGAGGCCCCUCUUGCCUGUGACGUGAAGUACACCGUCAUGGCCCUUGGAUAUUCCAUUUGUCUUACAGAAAGCAGACCGGUGGUCCGCACUCUGACCAGCAGGAGCUCCAAAUAUAACUCGACUCUCGAUUGUGAAUGUUUACAAAAAGACUGAAUGUCAACAACAUUUCAUUUCAAAUGACUCGGAUCACAGCCGUCUCAGUGGCCGUGGUUCCACUUGUCUUUUCAAUGUGACCUUUUGUUUCCCGGUCGCUCGCAUCGGCGUCCCAUCGGGAUGCCGAGGCGGCCCGGCUCGCUUUUGAGUUCAGGUGUCAGCGAGUGGACACGACCUCGAGAGUUUAUCAAGCGUAGGUCUCCGUCAUCUUCACCCCACACCAGAGUUCCUCUCCUGAGGAGAGCAGAGGAGGAGAUCCAGGCCCCUGCUGAGACCUGCUGCGUGAGUCCUGUUAACCUACUGCUGAUGAAAAGAAAACAUUUCCUGAUUCUGCUGGUUUUGAAUAAACAAAAUACGGGAGACUUUUCUUCGAAGAAUUUAUGAGAAAAUUUAUUUAUUACAGAAGUAGGGGAGCUUUGUUGGCGACCAUUCGUCAAUAAAACAAGUCUCCUAAUACUGCAAGGAGGAAGAGCAAAUAGCAAAAAUAACGGGACUUUUAUUGUGAAUAAUUUACAGGAAAUGAAAUGUUCCACAGCCACACCGUUGACCACAGCGUGUAUCUGAUCCCUCUGGGAUCGGUCACACUGAAGUGUCGGCCUCACAGAAGUCACAUCGAGAGGACGAGUGGAACCACGGCCGAUUGUCUCUAAGGGCCAUGUUAUGACAUCAUUUCAUUUACGAUGGCUUUCUUCCAUUUGCUUUUAUGGGUUUGGUCAUAUGACACAACACUGUUGUUUCUCCUGGGUCUUUUAUUUCUGUGAAUGCAACUGCUGGAUGUUCUAUCUGCAAUUGAUCUUUUGCUGUCUUAUUUAUUGAAUUUGCCGGCUCCACUUCUACUCUCUGAAAAGAUUGUCGGAUGGCGUUUUUUCCCGCGUUGCUUUUCUCAAACUCCUCGUCACCAAAGACUUUUGCACAGUCUCGUGUGUGUGUGUGUGUGUGUGUGUGUGUGUGUGUGUGUGUGUGUGUGUGUGUGUGUGUGUGUGUGUGUGUGUGUGUGUGUGUGUGUGUGUGUGUGUGUGUGUGUGUGUGUGUGUGUGUGUGUGUGAGAAACUGACUGUAUAAAGGAGAGUCAACACCUGAGCUCCCUCCAGCCCAGGCCUUUGUGACGGGGUUAGUGGGAACCAGCCUGGCCUUUAAUUCCAGUGGUUUGAAAUGGGAGUCAGUCUCUUUUCAUAAAGGACUUUCUUUUAUGUUGACACAGUGUUGUGGCUGGUCCCGGCCUACAGGGGCGUGGCCCCCGUGCUGACUCCAUUGAGCUCUGAUGUGAACCGGGCCCUGGGCUCCAGGUGCUGGGCUCCUGCCUGUGUCGUGCAGGUGCUGAGCGCCGCAGCACUCCAUCGGGCGGUCGCUCCUCGGUCGGCAUUAAAACAUGACCGGCGGAGUUUUAGACUGUUGUAACAAAAUGAAUGACUGUGUUGUCAUCAAAGUGUUGUUCUUUUUGUUGUAAUUUUUGUUCUUUCAACUCUGUCCAACAGGGCAAGGUUUUCUAUUUAAGAAGAAAUAAAAUGGGGGGGAAGUAUCUGAU